CCAGGGACAGGGCCUCCAUGGUCGUUCUUGGCUCCGCAGUCUGGUCUGGUCCAGCUCAAGAGACCAAGGCCAUUUAUGAUCUGGCUUGCAGCCACUUUUGCAACGCCUUUCGAACGAAACCGUCGACCUCUGCGUCAGCUGGCAUACUCGCCAACAAAGGAUUGUCAUCGGAGAGGGCGUUGCGCCAAAAGCUUGGAUGACAGCUCGGUAAAGACAAGUCAUCCAACGGCGACCCGAACCCUCCACCCCGUUCCAUCCCGAAACGCCACCUGGUGCUCCGUCGCCGUUGAUCGCCCGCCAUGGAACUGGACCCGAACAGUCAAACGUUGACGCCACUUCCCGAAGUCCUUCAACGGGGCCUAACUGCCGUUUCUUUCUUCGGCUUCCUUUCGUUCAUCACAACAACAGCACUCUUCUUAGUCUUGACCUAUCGGCUGAUAAUAUGGUAUCUUGCACCGGGCCCGGACCGGCCGCAGCGCAUGGCGGAUGAGCCGAACGCGGAUGCCGUCCUCGCCGAAGAGAUGGGUCUUCCGGAGACGAUGUACCCGGGCAACAAGAAGAACAAAGUCAAGAGGGACGCACCCAACCAGUUCCUCAUGCUCAUCUACAACCUGCUGCUCGCAGAUAUCCAGCAAGCUCUCGCUUUCUUACUCAAUGCGGCAUGGCUCAAUAAGGGUGGAAUCAUCGUGGAGAGCACAACAUGCUGGGCACAGGGCUGGUUCAUCUCGACGGGCGAUUUAGCUUCUAGUGCUUUCAUCACCACGAUUGCCGUUCACACCUAUCUGUCGGUCGUCAGAGAUUACAAGCUUCCGACUUGGGCAUUCUGGUGCAUGAUCGGUUCUGUUUGGUUCUUUAUCUACGCCUUGGCCAUAGCCGGCGUCAUCAUCACCAACAACGGGGCCGACGACGGCGGCCUCUACGUCCGCGCUGCUGCAUGGUGCUGGGUAAAUGUUCGUUAUGAGGCGUUGCGUCUGUACCUUCACUACCUGUGGAUGUUUGUUUCCUUUUUCAUCACUGCAGUCCUCUACGUCCUCAUCUUCAACCACAUCCGGAGUACUGACCCAUCUCUUCAACUCCCUUCCUCCUCCAACAACACUACUUCCUCCGUCUCACAGAGCAACCGCGGUCGUAAGCUCAGCCAUGCGCACACAAUGUCCCAGUCCGGGCCACCGAAGAGCUCCCAUGGCGAAGCAUCGACUUCUAACCCGAGCAACGCUGGACAUCACCCUGCUUUCCUCAUAUAUCCCAUCAUUUACAUCCUUUGCACGGCACCACUGGCGUUGGGUCGUGUCAUCACAAUGGCCGGAAAGUCCGUCUCGCUGGAAUACUUCUGCCUCGCUGGUGCAAUGAUUGCAUCCAACGGCUGGCUAGAUGUUCUUUUGUUCUCCACCACUCGCCAUGUCAUUAUCUUCAAUGCCUCCCCAGACUACGAAGAGACGGGUAUCGAGACCUUCGCCUUCAUGCGCACACCCGCUAACCGCCGCUAUGGCAACAUGGUGUGGGUACAGGGUGCCGGUAGUGCACCUAACAAUCUGUCUGCGGACGAGGGUACAGGCGGUUGGCUCUGGAAGCUAUUCCGCCGGGGACGUGGUGCGGGUGACUUGAAGAGAGAUAGACGUCGCAGUGGAGCUCAUCGGAGCAUCAGCCAGGAGUCUCUAAGAAGACGGGCUGGACAGAUGGAAGGCAUUCAGAUGGAGACGGUGACAACUGUCGUUGUAGAGAUGGAAGGUCACUCGGGAGGGAAGAAGGUUAAUGGAAGGCCGCUUUCCAUUGAUACGAUUGAGAAGGAGAGGGCACAGAGCGUGGGCAGCAUGUGAAAGACACAUUACAGCUACACUGAAGAGCCAGUUUUCAGCGGCUUGAUUCGAGGAACAUUGACGAACAUCUGUCAAUCUACUGAUCAGGCUUAUGAAGACCUCGGACUCUUUAUUCUAGUGUCAGAUCUCACAUUUUUAAUGGGGAGGCAACUUCCUAAUGUGUUCAGUUAACGAUAGCGAUUUGGGCUUUGGGCGGUCAUCUGUAUUAGUUAUACCCAUAAUGUCAACGUAGACUUCAUUCAUAUAUCACUACUGCUUCA